UAUGCAGGACAGCACCAUGGACAGCUCCCCAUUAACACACCUGAAAAGAAUGUUACUCCCAAAAGAAGAAAACAAGGUGUCUUGUGUCAUGCAACUAAUCAGAACACCAAGAAUUGUCACAGGAAGUGUCUCGCUUUGCAAAUCAUUUAAAUACGCAAACAACUCUCUGAGCCUUGUGUACGUGAAUUGGCCCACUUGUCUGCGAGUUCCUCUUCAGCAGCUUAAAGCAUAAUCAGUAUUCAGCUCCCACUGUUAAGCUACAGUUCUGCCCUGCCAAUCAUGUGCUCUCAAGACUCAAAUAUCCAAAGAGCUCUUAACUUCAUGCACAUGCUGUAUACUGUAUAUAACAACAUUCUCUGCAUGAGGUGCUGCCUUUCAUUCUUGUGCAAGGAUCUACUCAGAUCAAUGAAGGCUCCAUUCACAAACAUAAAGCACAGUUAUAUUGCAGAAGAAAUGUGGUGAAUGCUUUAAUAUAAAUCACUAACCUUCGGUAUUUACUUUAUAUCCCCCAAGAGAUAUGUACCAAUAUAUGACUACUUUAUAUAAUAAAAGUGAAGUUAUUCAUAGUCCAUAUCAACAACAUUAGAUGUUGACCAAAGUUCUACACAGCGAUAUCAAAAUGACAUUUACUGCAUGUGGGCCGCCAAGCAUAAAUCCAUGUGCUUAACUACAACAGAAACAAGAAAACUCCCAAAACACUAGGGAAAUAAGUGUGGUGCUUCACAAAGCCUAACAAGUAUUGCAUAAACUGAAUUUAACAUCGUCUCUUGGUAGUGAAAAUCAGAUUACAGCAAUAUCAUCGAGAUCACAAUUCAACAAUUCAUAUAUACAAAAAAGAAAAAGAAAAAAGAUUGGGGUUAGGUUAUUUAGCUAGGAAAUCAUGGCCACAAAGUCCUGAAAUGUUAUUGUUACUUCUUUGACCUUUGUGCAAAGCAAAUUUCUGACAUUAUUUACACAGAAUCACAUUAUUUACAUAGAUUCAAUUUGGAUAUUAUUUACAUAGAUUAAGUUUAAAUUUACAUUUAAACAGACAGUAAAAAACAAAGUUAGUUGAAUAGGCCUAUUUGUUCUUCUGAGCUAUAAACAUGAUUAAAUCUAAACGAAUUUGUACAACAUGCAGGCAGCACAUAUCUGAACCCUUUUUGAGAAAUAAACCAUCUUUUGUGAAUUAUUCUGUAAAAAAAAAAGAAGGAAAGAAAAGUAAUUUAUCUUUUAAAUGUUUCAUUUUUGCAGCCAAGGGCUACAUAGUCUUUUUUUUUAGUCUGCAGUACUGAUUUUUAUGAGAAAGCUGCAGAUCCCUGUGGGACUAACCCAAGGUCAGAUGCACCGAGAUAAUUUAAAGUCUAAACGUCGUGAUAACUAAACGUCAUAGGCAACACGCCAAUUCAGAAGAGAAAAAAUGUUUCGAAAUAGACUAUAUUUUACAGAAUAAACAUUUCGAGAAGGUAUCUUAAAAAAAAAGACUUGUCUGUGCGUAAAGCAGCCAUUAAUAGCCUAUUUAUUUUUUUAGAACUUUUUUUUUUAUAACGAAUUAAUUUUUAUAACGAAUGUAUAACGUGGAUAACAUCAGAUAAAUUUUGUGUGUGUGACAUUUCUGCGUUAUGUACAUUUUUUACCAGGUGUUUGUUUCCAGAAAUAUUGAGGGGAAACGAGUAAAAGACAUAAACAAAAAAAAAACGUAAAUAAAUGCACGUUGUCUCUAAACUUUCUUCUAAAACAUUUAGUGGCCAAAAGGCAAGUGCGGAGAAACGGUUUGACGUCAGGAGCUGCGGACACCGGCGAGUGCGCUCAGACACAUCUGUCAAAUAUCCAAACAGUGUGUGGGGUCUGGCGCACCUGGCAUAAAGUUCCCGUGCAGAGCUCCGCAUUCACCGCGAGCGCAAUGAAUUACAACAAGUCUGGCAGUGGCAGCGGUCCGUCCCGUAGCAACUCCGGUUCGGUGGACGAGCUUGUGAUAACAUCGACUUUCGGGACGCUGCUGUCGGUGGUUUACAUCGUUGGAGUUUCGGGAAACGUCUACACGCUGGUAGUCAUGUGUCAUUCCAUACGCUUCGCCACUUCCAUGUACAUCUCCAUCAUCAACCUGGCGCUCGCGGAUCUUCUUUAUCUCUCCACGAUUCCUUUCGUGGUGUGCACGUACUUUUUGAAGGACUGGUACUUCGGGGAUGUGGGCUGUAGGAUACUACUGAGUCUGGACCUGUUAACUAUGCACGCGAGUAUCUUUACUCUGACGGUGAUGUGCAUGGAGCGAUACCUGGCAGUGACUAAACCACUGGAUACUGUGAAACGCUCCAAGAGCUAUCGAAAAGCCAUGGCGUGGGGCGUUUGGAUUUUGUCCCUCGUCCUAACUCUUCCCAUGAUGGUCAUGGUAAACCAGACUACUAAAACAACAGCAGAUGGAGGGGUGAAAAGGAUGUGCGCGCCCACCUGGGCACCCCAGGCGUACAAAUUGUACCUGACUGUCCUGUUCUGCACGAGCAUAAUGGCGCCAGGGCUUGUAAUUGGUUACUUGUACACCAGACUAGCCAAGACGUACCUGGAGUCUCAAAGGACGUCGGCUAUUAACAAAAGCAGCAAGCGCUCGCCAAAACAGAAAGUUUUGAUAAUGAUUUUCACGAUUGUUCUCGUGUUCUGGGCGUGUUUUCUGCCCUUUUGGAUAUGGCAGCUUGUCCCCCUGUACCACAAGCCCUUCAGUUUAGCCUCACACACGCACACGAGCAUCAAUUACCUCGUGGCGAGUCUGACCUACAGCAACAGCUGCAUCAAUCCGUUUCUGUACACGCUCCUGACCAAGAAUUAUCGGGAGUAUCUUAAAAACCGCCACAAGAGUUUUUAUCGCUACACGUCAUCGUUUAAAAAGCGCCCACCGAGCUUGUACUCAUGGGGAAAGUCUGCGUCAUCCAGUAAUCAGUUUGAGUUCCACUCUGAGACGCUUGUCAUGGCGCAGUUAAAGGUGAUGCAGUGAAGAGAUUGGAAAGCUGAACCCGAUCGUGUGAAGGUUCCUGUCACUCAUCGGUCCCUUUGAGCCAGGUGGAUCCUACGCCAGGGAGGGGUCAUCAAUGGCGUAAUCGGGGUCACAUGUGAAGGACACCGUAAUGGCAUAUCGUGUGCCCCAAACGACCUUCUCCACAUGGUGGAGGUUCUCAGAACCAGAUGAGAAGAAUGAAACUCGACCUGCAGGAGAUGAAAGGAGAGGGAAGAUAACAGAAAGAAACAAGAAAAAGGUUGUAGUGAUAUCCUGAAAAACUGCAUUUUUUUUCUACAGAUUUUCUACAGCUCCCCCCCUGAAUUUAAAUGUUUAUGUUUGACAAUUAUUGUUGCAUUUCAUUGUUCCAGCACACAUAAUUUAGCUUGGAUGGAUUUUUGAAUUAAUUUUUUAAGACAAACUUUUUAAGAAGCAGAAAGUAAAUGUAAAUUGUGCAAGUUUAAAUGUAAAUUACGUUAGAUUUAUGUAAAUUACCUCCAUUAUGUCUGCCUGGAACUGACCUUUGUAGACCAUUCUUGAUCAUGAAAGUUGUACCAAAUCUCAUUAAAUGUUCAUGUUUUUUUUUAAAAGCCGACUUUCAAAAGUGGAAAUGCAUGUGUAAAAUUCUAUGAAUAAAUGCUGUAUGUUGGACUGAACUGCUGGAGGAAUAUCCAUAAUGCAACAUAGACCCUGCAGAAGCCAGAGUAAAUCGGAAGUAUUAGGCAAUGCAAUUGGAAUUCUGUAUUGAAAAAGGAUGGAAGGGAUUCAUGUGAAAGUGGAGAAAAUGGCCAACAAAAACAUGCAUGAUUUAGGAGUGUCAACAAAAGUAUGACUUUGUAAUGCACUAAUCAACAUGCUCAGUCCUAGAAGAGCAAAUGAGCUCUCAAUGUGUCAUUUAUAAAAAACAGGCUUAUUGGGAAACUAUAAAGUAUGACAUACAAAGCCAUUUACAUAAGCAAAGCAAAUUAAAAAAAAAAAAGACUGAAUAUAAAUUACAGUGGACUUCACAAAUAUUGGCACCCUUGGUAAAUAUGAAUAAAACUGACUUUUUUA